CAUCUGGUAAGGUUCUAACAUUUUUCUGGUGGAUCUUUCUCGUUGUCAUCACAUCUGUCUACACUGCAAAGAUGGUCGCCUUCCUGUCUGUGAAGAAGUCCGAACCUCCACCAUUCACCAACCUUCACGAACUCUCUCAAAGACUUGACUACACUAUAGGAUUCGCGCUGAACGGUUUCUUUCAAACAUAUUUCCAGAAUUCCAAGAGGGAUGACGUGAAACAAGUUUGGAAGAGAAUCCAACAACAACAUGUGACUGAUCCGCGUGUUCUGUCGGUAAACUACAGCUACCAUGUUAGUAAGAUGAAGAAAGAAAAGUAUGCUGCAGUUGUGGCCACCGUUAUCUCAGAUAGCUACAUGGCCCAGGAAUGCAAAAUCACCUACCUUCAGGAGAGAUUACAGUAUGAUCAGAUGGCUUUUGGGCUCCCGACAUCCUCACCAUUGAAGCCUGAGUUGGAACGUGUGAUGCACAUGCUGGUGGAUACUGGGUUGACAGAAAAAUGGAUGCAUGAAUUUGGCUUUCUGUCUGACAAAAGUGGAUGUCGCUCUGAGAAGCUUGUUACAGCAGUGACGCUUGACGACGUUGGUGGAGGCUUGGCAGCAGUAGCAGGAGGUGUGGGACUAGCACUUCUGACCCUGACUGUAGAAUGCCUCUAUCAUCUUUACAUCAGGCCACGAAAUGGAAUAGCGGCGUAAAGUAUGUAGACACAGAUACAAGACGAACCAAACACAUGGUCAAUAAUGUACUGAAAACAGGUUCGCAAGGGAAACUAACGACAUGAUAUUUUUGUCUAGCCUUUGAUUCUGUCAUAUUCGCAUUUUAUGUUUGUGCAGGAAAUCCAU